AUGGCUUCUACACAAAUUUUUAAUGCAAAUGAAAAUGGGAAUGAAGUUAACAGGCAAGAUAUUCAGAGCGCCAUUGCUAAAGCAGUGGAGCUUAGAGCACUUCAUGCUGCUCUUUUACAGGGAAAAAAUAGCCCAACAAAUUUAAGGUUCCCUUCUGCUUCUCCUGUUUCUCAUUCUCGCCAUGCUUCCCAGUUUUCGGCUCAAGAUUAUCCGGUUUUUACCCCGAGUUAUGACGAUGAACCAUUACCGGGGUAUCAACAAGUUAUGUUUGAGAAUCGAAAUUAUGCUGAAAGUUGGGGAGAUUACGCAUUAGGAGGGGCAAAUGCCGAUGAAGCCAUAUUGUCGGAUUGUAGAACAACGAAUGCAUCUUCGAGAAAAGGAUUUCCCUCUGAAUUUGUACACUUGGAACCAAAUAUAUGUGCAGCCGAAGAUCAAUAUUCUGUCACAGGUUCUUGCAUUCAUAACAUUGGCAUGCUUAGAUUAUCCCCAGGACCCAAUUACUGCAAGUCAAGGCGAAACAGUUUGGGAGACCUUAAAUCAGUAUCAUCUUGUAACAAAUGUAUGCCUGCCACAAUUAUUACUGAGACAGAUGGUCCGACUAAAAAUGGAAAGAAGUCUAAUAUCGUCGUACCAUUGACAGAUUCACACGCCUCUGUUCAUUCCCAGCCGAAAAACAGAGGGCUUAAUUUGUCAUGGUUGUUUUCUAGGAUGAAGAAGAAGAACAAGAAUGUGUAUUCACCAAAUCGAAUGCAAUCUGAGGAUGUUUCCCAAAUUCUCAAGGACUUGGGGAUGGUAUCAGUCGAGACAUUGAAGAAAGAGUUGAUGGAAGCAAAUGAGAGUCGAGAUGCAGCCUUAAUAGAAGCCACAGAAAUGAAGUCGUCACUGGUGCAGCUAAGCCAGAAACUCGAGUAUUUAGAAACUUAUUGUGAAGAACUGAAGAAGGCAUUAAGACAGGCAGCCGAAACUAAAAACUCUCAGCCCGUUGAAAAACUUUGGAAUCUUCCACAAAGAGGGAAAUCAGUUGAUGGUAAUACAGAAAAUUCGAUGCCAGUAAGUGAGGAAGUUAUGGUCGAGGGAUUUUUGCAGAUAGUAUCCGAGACAAGACUAUCAGUGAAGCAAUUCUGCAAGACUCUCGUGGGAAAGAUCAAAGAGACUGAUCACACUCUGCUUGAAAAUUUGAACUCAUUGCUUCAACCAUACAAUUUGUCUCUUAAUUCCAAGUACUCUAAAGCCUUGUUAUACCAUUUGGAAGCCAUUAUAAACCAAUCACUCUACCAGGACUUUGAAAAUUGCGUGUUCCAAAAGAAUGGCGCGCCAAAGCUUUUAGACCCUCAACUAGAACGCGAAUCACACUUUCAAUCGUUUGUUGCAUUGAGAAAUCUGAGCUGGAACGAAGUACUAAGAAAAGGGACGAAAUAUUACAGUGAAGAGUUCAGUAUGUUUUGUGAUCAGAAAAUGAGUAGCAUUAUUACGACUCUUGGUUGGACUAGGCCAUGGCCCGAGCAGCUUCUUCAAGCUUUUUUUGUCGCUGCAAAAUGCAUCUGGUUGCUGCAUUUACUUGCGUUUUCAUUCAACCCGCCUCUGGAAAUUCUACGAGUUCAAGAAAACAGGCUGUUUGAUCCACAUUUCAUGGAGGACAUUUUUGCAGACAGACAAAGAUCACAGGGUGCAAGCAGGGUUAAGGUUAUGGUAAUGCCUGGUUUCUAUGUUCAUGACAGAGUUCUUAGAUGUAAGGUUCUUUGCAGAUAUAAAUCACUAGCAUAG